GGAGUGGGUCACUGAGACUCGUCCCUCCACUGAGGUUCGGCCACGUGCUGGCUGCGGUCACCUUUUGUGAGCCUAGGAGGUCGUGAGACUUCAGUGCCCACUGCCCACAUACCACCUUCCUCCACCGGGCCACGUGUCCAAAUCGCCCUAUAAAGCCUAACCUAAACCCUCUCUCCCCAACUUCCAACUUUCAACUUUCAAGUCGCAAGCAAACCGAACGAAUGCAAGGUGAAUUGCAGUUACCACCCGGCUUCAGAUUCCACCCCACCGAUGAUGAGCUCGUCCAUCACUACUUGUGCAGGAAGUGUGCUGCACAACCCAUUGCUGUGCCCAUCAUCAAAGAAAUUGAUUUGUACAAGUUUGAUCCAUGGCACCUUCCAGAAAUGGCUCUUUACGGUGAGAAGGAGUGGUACUUUUUCUCUCCAAGGGACAGAAAAUACCCAAACGGCUCACGACCCAACCGGGCUGCCGGAACCGGAUACUGGAAAGCCACCGGAGCCGACAAACCCAUCGGAAAACCCAAAGCCCUUGGAAUCAAGAAGGCCCUUGUCUUCUACGCGGGCAAAGCCCCUAAAGGAGUCAAAACCAAUUGGAUCAUGCACGAAUAUCGCUUAGCCAACGUCGACAGAUCCGCAUCCAAGAAAAACAACAACAACAACAACAACUUAAGGCUUGACGAUUGGGUGCUGUGCCGAAUUUACAACAAGAAAGGGAAGAUCGAGAGGUACAAUGGCGUUGCGGUGGUGGAUCAGAAAGUAGAAAAAUUUUCAGAUGAAGAGGUUCAGUUCCACCACGAGACCAAGCCUGAGAUUAACCAUGAUUUCAGGAGCCACCAAUUGUACACGGACACGUCGGAUUCGGUGCCCCGCUUGCACACGGACUCCAGCUGCUCCGAGCACGUGGUUUCGCCGGAUGCCACGUGCGACAAGGAGGUGCAGAGCGAGCCCAAGUGGAACGACCUCUUCUUGGGCCCCGACCCAGUUUCGGCCUUCGAUUUUCAGUUCAAUUUCAUGGACCUCUCGUCGGAUGACCCUUUUGCCCCGCAGGCCCAGUACCAAAUGAACCACCUCUCGCCGUGGCCGGAGAUGUUCUCGUACCUACCCAAGACAUUCUGAUUUAUAGGGUGGGACCCAAGGGUCUCUCAUAUUUAUUUUUAAAAUUCGUUCUAAGACAAAAAAAGAAAAUCACAUUAUUCUAGCGCACGUACCUAACUAGUGCCGGAAAAAUGGGAUCACGUGUAACUAAAAAUAAGAAAAAAGAUCUCGACAUGUGAAGAAAAUUCUUGUUCCAGUUGUAGGGAUUUUUUUGUAUGUCUGUUAUAUAUAUUAUUAUAUUUAUUUAUUUUUCAAAGUAAGCAGUUAGCAAUUGAAAUGUAAGGUUUCAUGUUCGUGAAACGAGGCUUUUGUCUGCUUUUUUGAAUUGGACUUCACUUUAUCAA